AUGUCUGGAGAUCAAGUCAUCAAGAUUUUCGACUCCGGCAGUGAGAGCAAUGAGAAUGACAACCUCCACGUCCAAGAUGUGAUCCUAACCUCCUGCAAAACCAACCUUCAAGAUGCAUUUUUUGCGUCUUACGGCAUCAGAGGCAUCAUCAUGCCCAUGAGGUUCAGACUCGUCGAGCACGAUCCAACCUUCACGAAGAUCUCCGAUGACCUGGCAGUAUUCCAGGAUAUCCUCUGCCUUCCACGAACAUACGGUACCUUGGUCAAGAAGGUCCUCAAGAACCUGCACUGCCGCCUUGACAGGACAACUCCCAAACGUCCUCGAUGGAGCUUCACAUGGCACAAGCGUGAGGAAAUCGAUCUCGGAGCUAGGUUCUUCAUUACCUACCGACUGGUGGAAAAGUCUUCUUACAACACCAUCGAACUUAAUGAGGCAAACUGGUCGGAUCUCCACGAAAUGUUCUGGUACCAAAGGCCAGUGGAGGCAAUGUUCCGUGUCGACUGGUGGAUGAAUGGAGUCGAGGUCGUAAGACCGUCUAAAGGAGACGAUGUUGAGUCUUGGGAAGACAGUAUGAACUCCAGCAAGAAAGAUGCCUACUGA